AUGACCGUGACCCUCCAGGAUUGGGGGAUGAUUACGGCCCUACCGCUCGAGGGUCGUGCUCUCACAGGACGAGUGGAGAGGACAAACUGGCACAAUAGGGUUGUCGCCCUCAUCGGCGACUGCCCCCCUGCUAAGAACAACCGGACUUCCGGCGUACCGCUGCCAUGGCUCCUCAAGUAUCGGAGCAAGUGCCCGGAAGAUGCAGAACCCCGGGUGGUGGAGCAGUACGCUAGGGCCUACCUGUGGUAUCUUCUCACGGAGGUAGUGUUUUCAAACUGCUCCGGGAACUCUGCCAUAUGGAUGGGUCUCGACUUCCUAAAUGACUGGGAUGUGGGGUACAGCUGGGGGGCCGCCGGCCUCGCCUACCUAUACCGUUCGCUUGACGACGCGACCCAGGGGGCGGAAGACACGUCCGAUGACGGAGAUGAUCAGUACCCGACCGUCGCAUACGCUUGGGACGUGGUGCGUGUCUACGCGGGCGAAUCCAAGGCCUUGUACAAGGUCUUCAGCAACGAGCUUGAUGCUCUGACAGUUUUUCAGGUUACUUGGCGGCCGUAUGAUGAUGAACGAGAGUGGGGGUUCACGCUGAACAGCAUGUGCAAGCAGGACCGGCUUCUCUGGCGGUGCAUCGUGCCCAUGAUUUGUGUCUAUGCCGUGGAGUACCACUUGCCACAGCGCGUUGCCGCGCAAGUUGGUAAGGCGCAACGCACACCACCAGCCGGCAUCGUCACCGAUACCGGUGGCUACGACCUACACCAGAUGAGCAGCCAGAAGAAUCAGUCAAUCAUAGAUUGGGAAAACCAACAUGCGAGAUAUGUGAAGGAAUGGAACGAGUGGAGAACUCGCAAAGAUGUGGAGCGGAAAGUGAUUGAUUGGAACGAGUACGAGGAUCACAUGUUGUGGUACGACGAUGGCAUCAAGCAUCGUCUGCGUCUGAGGCCCCAGUGGACGACAGCAGAUGCCGAAGACCUGUUCGAUGACGCCUCCGAGAAUGAAGCCUACAAUGAUAUCAUCAGAGAGCUUAAAGGUGGGUUUAGGGAGUACGGACCCCUCAUGAACAUAGUGUCUUCGGAGCUGAACAAAAGCAUUUUUGAAGCCUCGCUUAGUUCUAUAACCGGGACUUGGGCUAGUGAGAACAAGUUGAGGGGAAUGGUGAAGAAGUUCGUCAACAAAUGUCGCAAGCUUGUGGGCCUGCUAUCCGGGUGA